UACACAUGUAAAGGAGGGGCUUUAAGUAGUUGGUAGGCCUUCAUUUCAACUCUUCCCCACCAAAUUCACAAUUCUCAGUGUCUUCAAUCCCCUCCUGUUUUCCUCAUUGAUCCGAGGCGAAUUCAUCUGUUUUUUGAUUGAAAAUAUAGUUGUGCAGUUUGUAUACGAGAUGACUCUGAAGAUCACAUGGAAGACUAUCAUGCCAGGUUGUUACAAGACUGAGACCCCUAUCGCCGAGUCGAGGAAGAAACCAGUUUUGAAGCAGGGUUCUUUCCAGAGACUAUCUCUUUCCGACUUGAGCAACCCCGGUUCCCCGCUCUCCGUCGAUGAUAUAUCGAAUUCCCUUAUUGGUUCCAACCUCUAUACCUUCACCCUUGCAGAGCUUAGAGAGAUCACACACAACUUUUCGCCCAGUAAUCUACUUGGAGAAGGCGGGUUUGGACCGGUUUACAAGGGGUUCAUAGACGAAAAGCUUAGGCCAAAGUUGAAGGCUCAGCCUGUAGCUGUGAAAUUACUUGACUUGGAUGGCCUUCAAGGCCAUAGAGAAUGGCUGGCAGAAAUAAUCUUUCUUGGGCAACUGAGGCAUCCACACCUUGUUAAACUGAUUGGAUACUGUUGUGAAGACGAGCACAGGCUUCUGAUAUAUGAGUACAUGGCAAGAGGGAGCUUAGAAAAUCAACUCUUCAGAAGAUAUUCUGCUGCCUUGCCAUGGUCAGCCAGGAUGAAGAUCCUGUUCGGAGCAGCCAAGGGCCUGGCCUUCCUCCAUGAAGGAGACAAGCCAGUAAUAUACCGGGAUUUUAAGGCUUCCAACAUUUUAUUAGACCCUGAUUACACUGCUAAACUCUCUGAUUUCGGGCUAGCGAAGGACGGUCCAGAAGGCGACGAGACUCACGUAUCAACCCGAAUAAUGGGCACACAUGGCUAUGCCGCUCCUGAGUAUAUCAUGACUGGACAUUUGACAACCAUGAGUGAUGUAUACAGCUUUGGAGUUGUGCUGUUGGAGGUAAUAAGUGGUAAACGGUCGAUGGACAAAACAAGGCCUAGUCGCGAGCAAAACCUUGUGGAAUGGGCGAGACCGAUGCUCAAGGACCCGCGAAAACUUGACCGAGUAAUAGACUCGAGACUUGAGGGACUGUUUUCUACCAAGGGGGCGCAGAAGGCAGCUGAAUUGGCCUACAAAUGUCUGAGCCACCAAGCCAAGGCUAGGCCGGCAAUGAGCGAUGUGGUGAAGAUACUGGAGCCUCUGCAGGACUUUGAUGAUACUGUGAUCAGCCCUUUUGUGUAUGUGGUUCCAGCUGAAGGGGAGGUAGGAGAUGAGAGUGAAAGCGAGAAGGACAUUUCACAUCAAGAAAUCAAAGAAAGGGACGACGGCCAGCAAAACCGGCCCGCCUGGAGACAUAGAAUCAAGCUGCCACUGUCUCUAGUGGCUUACUCGGAAUCUGCUUUGUAUAAAAAAUUUAGACAUGAGUUGAACACUCAAACAUAUCAGUAAGGAGACAUAGAAGAAAACAUCAAAGGUUCCAAUAAAGUUGUUUGAAUUCGAUGGUUGCUUGGUGGAAAACCCAAGAAUCAUUCAACAAAAAACUCUCAAGAAAAGGUCUGAGAAGGGUUUUUUUAGGCUUUUGGGUGAAAUUAAUUGUAUUUUAAUGAGGAAAAUGAUAUAUAAAGUUUGAAAUUCAUCUCUUGUUUA